AUGGCGGCUGAACAGAGAAAGCUGCUCGAGCAGCUCAUGGGAGCUGACCAGCUCAUUGGUACCGGCGCUCAGGGUCGCAAUAGCCAGCUUUCAAUCACAGACCCCAAAGUCUGCCGUUCCUACCUCGUCGGAACCUGCCCUCACGACCUCUUCGUCAACACGAAGCAGGACCUCGGUCCCUGCCCGAAGGUGCACAGCGAAGGACUGAAGACGGAGUACGAGACUGCAUCCGCAGCGGAGAAGGCGAAAUGGGGCUUCGAGUUUGACUACCUGCGCGACAUGCAGAAGUACAUCGACGACUGUGACCGUCGGAUCGAGACUGCGCAGCGCCGGCUGGAGAAGACACCAGACGAAAUUCGACAAACCAAUGCUCUUCUUAAACAAAUCGCCGAUCUCACCAACACCAUCAACGGCGGCCUUCUGGAAGUUUCCGUCCUCGGCGAGACAGGCUCCGUCGCAAUGGCCUUGACGGAAAUGCACAAGGUCCGCACAGCGAAACAUCAAAAGGAGACCUGCGAGCGCGACCUCAAGAAUCUCCAAGAUACCUCCGGUCCGUCUGGCCAUCAAAAGCUGCAAGUCUGCGACGUCUGCGGUGCCUAUCUGAGUCGACUCGACAACGACCGACGAUUGGCAGAUCACUUCUUUGGAAAGAUGCACAUGGGAUACUCGGAUAUGCGCAAGUCUUCCAAGAAGCUUAGCAUGGAACUCAAGGGCCGGGCACCGCCAGUGCGCCACCAUGAAGAUGACGAUCCCUACAGUGCUGGUGGGCGGUCUGGUCGUGGUCCUCGUUAUGGCGGUGGUGGUGGUGGUGGAGGUUACCGCCGUCGGGGUGGAAGAUGGUAA